AUGGCUCAUCCGGUCUCCCUCAACAGGAGAUUCACGGCGUCAUCACUAGAUGACGCCGCUUCUCCUCUGUCACCUCUGGGUUCAAACCCUUUCUCCUUCCAUCGUCGAAGCCACACAGGCGUGGAACAGCGUCAUCGUGUCGGGAGACCAGCAGAACGCCCCAACUCAGACUUCCAGUUUCAAAACUCCCGCAGCAACCUCUAUGCUGGCGACUUGCACGAUACAAUGUUGAUGGGGGAAAGAAUCCGCGCUCGUCGAGCCAGGGACGAUGUGGCUGCUCUAAUAGACUUCCUGAAGAAUCACCCGCCUCCACCUGACAACUUCAUGUCAAUACCAUACGAUGGAGACGAUGAAGAUGGACGAGGACGGUGGUCCAAAAUCAAGAAGAUGGGGAGGAGGAGCAAGUCGAUGCCCAGGCCACAGCAACACAUGCGGUUACCAGAUUCGGCAGUAGCUGGCGUCACCACUGGAGGGCAUAGGCACAUUGCCAUUUCCAUUCCAUUAGAAGCGACUCCGUACGGGGAGGAGAUGAGGUCUCAGUAUCCCGUUUUCACUCACGACAUGCAAAUGGGAACACCAAGCAAGGAGCAGGUUCGCACAUUCAGGAACGAGAAGGGUGUUGUGACCGUUUUGCGGCCCGUGACCGAGGUAUAUGAGUCUGAUGGUGCAUCGGUGAUCUCGAAAGGUCGUUCUCCGUACACGAAUUCCCAGGGGCACCGACCGCCUCCAUUGCCGCCUCAUAAGCCAACAAAUAGCUUGAGCGGGCAGAACAACGAUUAUUACGGCAUUUUGCCCUCUGGGUUUGACACGCCAUUGCUUGAUGAUAGCUCAGCUCCAUGGCACAUUUCACGAACCCCUUCGAGAGGUGAUGGCUCCAUACGUAAACAGAAUUCAUCGUCAGCAUUCCAUCGCUCUGCCUAUCCCGCCAGGGCUUCGAGUAUGGCUGCCAAUCCGUCUGUGAAGCAUCCACCGUCAAUCGAUGGGUUGUUAUCACCACAAGACCAAGCUGUGGGCGGGGUUAAUGGUGUUCGAUCAACCAGCCCUGCCCGGCACCGAGCACAGUCAGCAGGCAAUAACGCGGUGCAAGAGACCAUCAAAGAUCCUCGGAGGCUACAACCGGAGGUGGAUUAUGACAGAGACGUUACCCAAGGGGCGAAUCGAAAUGGUAGUCAAACUCGAAACACCACAUUAAUUGCGGACAGUCCUUUGUUGUCUCACACGGAGGGGUCUCGUCCGACAACUGCGGGGUCGACGAGAAGCAGAAAGGAUAUAGUUAAGGAGAAGAAACGCCGGGACAUGGAGGCAGCGAAAAGAAGCGCCAAGCUAAAAGCUCACCAGAAAAAGGACGCCCCCAGAGCCUUGCACCGACCCUCAACUGCCCAUCCAUCAUCACAACCGUCAGCGGACGAAUCAGACAAGUCACGAACCUCUCAACCGGGUCAAUUAAAUUUGACAUUGAGUAAUCUCAUGGUAGUGAUGGAUGUCGAGCCGUGUACUGCCGAGGAUAAGCAUCUGCCUGUGCGCCCGAAGACAGCACCAUCCAAGGCAUCUCCAGAGCAGAGACCGGAGUCGCCAAUACCCUCGAUCACUGUUAACAGCCCGAGCAUCCCAACGCCACCAACUUCUACCCAAGGGUCGCCCCCACAGAGGCACAGUGCGUCAGACCGCACGUCGUUAACCCGUCGACGGGAAUGGAAGGCUAUCAGGGAACAGGAGCGCAAGGCACGGGAUGCAAUGGCCGUGGCUAGAGCAAAGGCACAACAAUUAGCGUCAGGCGGAGUGACAUAUGAGAAGGGGGCGGUAUCUCAAGCGGAUAAGGAGGUUAUGCGAUUGUAUGAAGCGUAUCGUGAACAUCGUUUGCGUGAUAUGGAACGCCGACUCCGCAGGUUGGAACGCAACGGGGAUGUAUGGCUACAAGCACUAGUGCCUGUUCUGAACAAUAUGAACAAGACCAUGGAGGCUGCGAACGAGCAACCACUGGAGGAUAUCAGAGACUGGGCAUCUGAUGGUGAAACUUCGGGGACUGCAGAAAGAAUAAACAGGAAUGUUCAAAAGAAGCGCCUUACACGGAGGGCAAGCUUGUCGCAGGGUAGACUUCUCGAGAAGCUGACUGGACAAAGGUAUGAUGACGAUACAUGGAGUGACAGCGUGAGCAGGAGUGAUGAUGCGAGCGGACUUGGAACAAUUGAGCCUUUGAUGAGGGAGUUGGCAGGACAGACCGUGCAAUGGCAGGGAACGACGCAAUCACCCGUGGUAACGAAUGGUGGACAAUUCCACCCUAUGCGAAAUUGA